AUGACGCGACGACCAUUACCCGAUCGUCCAUGGGUCGAUAUUGCUAUCGACUUCCUCGGGCCAAUGCCGUCGUCCGAAUAUAUACUAGUAGUUAUAGACUACUAUAGCCGCUAUAUGAAGCUGGAGAUUAUGAGCAAGAUUACCGCUGAAGAAACAAUCAAGCGUUUGGGGCGUAUUUUCCGUAUAUGGGGACCCCCAAGGACGAUUACGUUGGACAACGCAAAACAAUUUGUGUCCUGCGAGUUUGAUAGCUAUUGUAAAUUGAAAGGUAUCAAUCUCAAUCAUACAUCGCCCUAUUGGCCGCAAGCAAACGGAGAGGUGGAACGGCAGAACAGGUCACUUUUGAAGAGAAUGAAGAUCGCAAAUGCUUUGAAUAAUGAUUGGAAGGCUGAACUGAAUCACUAUUUAGAACUUUACAACAAUACCCCCCAUACGGUUACGGGAAAAGCUCCAAGCGAACUCCUGCAGAGCCGCAGGUUGCGCACAAAACUACCCUGUAUUGACGAUUUAGAGACGAUUCCACCCAGUACUGACUUCCGGGAUCACACACUUAGAUUUAAUUGCCGAGAACUCAACAGAUGA